AUGGCGUCCGGCCACAAUCGAUGGUCGAAGAUCAAACACGACAAAGCGAAAGAAGACUCGAAGAAGACGAAGAUACGGACGAAACUGGCCUAUGAGCUAUUCAUUGCAUCGAAACUCGGUGGACCAGAUCCUGCGCUGAAUUCGCGCCUCGCGCUUGCCAUCACCAGUGCGAAACUCGGCCAGCUUGCGAAAGGCUCGAUAGAGCAGGCCAUCGCAAGGGGUCAGGGCAAGUCAAUGACGGGUGCGCCGCUCGAGCAAGUGGUCAUUGAGGCCAUGUUACCCGCCAAUGUCGCCGCAAUCAUUGAAUGUCACACUGAGAAUAAGCUGCGCACGCUCCAGGAUGUUCGUUCCAUCCUUACCAGAUACGGAGGAUCGACGACAACGACAUCGUUCUUCUUCGAGAAGAAAGGCAAGAUCGAGUUUCAGGAGCAAGCAGAUCUCGAUGCCGACAAGAUCAUGGAGGAAGUAAUCGAAGCUGGCGCUGCAGAUUUCUCCAUUGAAGAAGGAAAGCUAGUCGUGGACACCGAACCGACCGAUAUGAUUGAGCGAGCAGAAAUUGUGUUUGAAGCAAAGGAAGAUACUGCUGUCAGUCUUUCUCCAGAUCAAGAGGAUGGGCUCCAGAACAUCUUAGACUUGCUUCAGGAUACCCAGUCCGUACAGAAUGUGUACGUCAAUGCCGCAUGA